GGCGGGGGUAUACAAACAGGGUUUUCCGUUGGCUAUGAUGUGAGGCGCGUAGUUUUAUGCUAUGUGUACUCUGUUACCGGCGUUUUCAAAUAAUUAUGCGAUAUCAUUAUGGCUCUCACCGCUGCUGAAAUAUGUUUUCAGAUGGACCCGCGACUCAGACCUUCUCAAAGUUACUUGGAAUUAUUUUGAGGCGGAACAUGGAAAGGGGGCGGCAGGCGGUAUCGGUGGCUUUAUUAAGCAAACUACUGACCGAUUUGUUACCAUUGGGAAAGAUAUUUCUGAUGCUUCUUCCUCUGAGCAGCUUCUGAAAGACAGUAGCAAGGUGAAGGUGUACCUUAUACUUGAUGAAGACUUUGAAAACAUGGCGAGAGAAAUUCCAACAGAAAUAGUUCCUUUAUAUGGCACAAUGAAACUACAUCAAGCUUUUACAGAGGAAAUCGGAUCGCUGGAGUAUCGAGAGUUGAGCUGUUUUUGCCAGCAUGGUUUCUGUUCUUGCAUGUGUCCAGAAAUUCAUUAUCUGCCUAAAGAAACGAUUGAACAAUCAAAUCCUGCUACGUUAUAAGAUAUUACUAAUUUAAUUGUUCAAAACAGGAAAUCAAUUUACAAUGUUGUAUACGGUUCGGACUCGGAAUUUAGUGAUAAUCAACCUGGAUUGUCAAAAGAAAAAGAUGAUGAUAACAAGUUAAUUGAGAAGGAAAAUAUUCAUUCCAGUAAAAUCAAAGGAGUCGACGUUCUAGUAAAAAUUUCCUCCUCUAAAAACGAAUACCUUGGAAAAGCUUUAAAUGGAGUAGUCGACGAUGAAGAAGUAAAAAUAGUAUUCUUGAAGUCUGUUGACCAUACCGUAAAAACAUUUAAAUUGGUCGAAAAUGAUAUAUCAUACGAACAAUAUGAAAGUUUGAUAAGAAUUGUUUCUGAACUUAAAAAGAUAAUUAAGGCAAGACAAAAGGCUCUAUUACCAUUUCCCCACUCCUUUAGAAAUAUCUGAAAAAAAAGGUAUCAGUUAACUAAUUUUAAUUUAAUCUCAGCUAGAGCGUACUUGUUUCUUUAAGUUUUAACGUCUAAUAAUUACGAAAAGAAAGUUUUGUGAUUAUAUUCAUAAAUUAGUCAUAAAAGUACAACUAUGUUACGAUUCCUACAACUCUGUUACCUUUAUGUCCC